AUGUCCCCUCUGCAGGGCCGGCGAAGAAGUCGCGCAAUAUCCAAACCGCACUACGGCUACAACAAGGUAAAUGAAUGGAAUCCUACGACUUCCAGGUGCCCAGCUAGCUGGCGGCGAGUUCUUUGCGUCGUUGCAUCAUGGUAUUGUCGGUUGUACGGCGAGCGCGUCGGUGCGCUGCACGUCGUCUGCUCAGGCGCCCAUCUCUUGCCUGGCGUCGAGUCGGAGCUGCUGUUUCGGCUGAUUCGAUCGGAGCACUCGACCAACCCACUGUUCGGGGCGAGACUCGUCACGAUUGUCCUGGGUGAUCCUGAGUUGCGGCAAGACUGGGAAGCCGAGCUCGGGGAGAUGCGUGCGAGGCUGAAAGGUCUCAGGUCAAGUCUCGUCAGCAAGUUCAGGGAGCUUGAGGUAAGACUUUCUGUUUGCUUGCUCCUGGCAAACCUCGCUGUUAGGCGGCUUACAGUCCUCUUGACACCUGGAGACCGGAGCUUCAUCAGCCGGGAAAAGGGACUAUUCGCCGUCCUGCCCUUGUCGCCGGACAUCUGCAGAGAACUGGCGCAAAAGCACCACAUCUACAUAGUGCCGAACGGGCGCAUUAACAUCUCCGGCCUCAAGGCGCAAGCUAUCGCAAGGUUAUGUGAACUAGUCGAUGCAGCAGUCCGGCGGCUGAUGACAUCCGCAGUGAACAGCGCAAACGAAGUAGCUCCAAGACAGACUAGGUUUAUGUAUAUACAUUCAAACAUACAAUUUAUUACACCUAUGAGCAAAGUUUACAUAGCUACUAAAGUAUGA